UCAUGUAUUUUAGUUUCACUCAUCCAUUUUCAAUGUCCUGAGCUGUAUGAAUAAAGGAUCUUGUGAAAACGAGUUAGGCUUGCUGUUCAUCUGCGUUAAUAUACCAUGGAUAUUUUUAACACGUGCAAGUAACAGUACAACAUAAGUCAUAAUCCUGUUUUUUUUCUUCCUUUUAAGAUAGUAUCUCAAACAAGAACUGAGGCACGUGGAAAAAAAAGCAGUGAAUGCUGCCAAACUGGGUGUUCUGUAAAACAUUUUUUAAACGGGAAGAUUUACUGACGGGAGGAGCUGUCAUUUCAAGAUUAGUGUAAAAACAUGCUGAAGCGAAACUUUUCUUCACUUGCAUCUGGGAACUCACCAACAGAAAUGGCAUCAACUACCAAACUCAUUUCUGAGGAGCAAUUUCUAUGCUCCAUUUGUCAGGAGGUGUUCAAGGAACCAGUCUCAACUCGAUGUGGACACAACUUCUGUAAGAGCUGCAUCACAGAAUACUGGGACAGCACCUGCCAAAUUCAGUGUCCCUUGUGCAGGACAAAGUUUUAUAGAAGGCCAAAAUUUUUCGUGAACACAGAGUUCAGAGACAUGGUGGAGCAUUUCAGACACAUGAAAGUGAUAAAAGGGAAGGCUGAAGGUGAGAUUGCUAAACCAGGAGACGUUCCCUGUGAUGUCUGCACGGAAACAAAAAUGAAAGCCCACAAGACGUGUGUGGUGUGUUUGGCUUCAUACUGCCAGACUCACCUGGAACUUCACCAGAACCUGAAGGCGCACAAGCUGGUCAGUCCAUUGUCAAACCUGUGGGACAAAGUGUGUAAAAAACACGACAAGAUGCUGGAGCUCUUCUGCUGCACAGAUCAAAAGUGCGUCUGCUUGAUUUGCUGGAAAGAUGGCCAUGCAGAUCAUGAUGUCAUCCUUCUUGAGAAAGCUUCCCAAGAAAAAAAGGCCUUGCUUGCAAAAAGUGUUUCAGAAAUGAAGAUAAUUGAUAACCAAAAAACUGUGGAAGUCAACAAACUGAAAGCUUCGUUUCAACAGACCAAGAAGGAGUCCAUGAGUGAUUUGGCAGACGUUGAAAUGGCUUUGACUAGUCUGGUGGCUGAUGUGCAAGAACAUAAGAGAAAGGUGAUUGAACUGAUUCAGCAAAAGCAGAAACGAGCAGACGCAAAAGGCGAUGCGUUUUUUGCACAGGUGGUUCAAGAAUCUGUCGAGAUGAGGAAGAAAAUACAUAAACUGGAGCAGCUUCUGCAAACUGACGACCAUCUCCACUUUUUACUGAAUUAUCCAAGCUAUUACCAAACUGCAAAGUCAACCCAGCCCAAUCCUACAAAGCCUUUUGAAGAUAAACGCCCAAUUUAUAAAGGGAUGGUGAAAAAAUCCACUGCUCAGAUGAGGAAGACACUAAGUAGUCAAAUAGAAGGACUUCUUUAUCAGGUUUCAUCUGAGGACUGUGAGGGAGAGGGAGGGAACACCACAAUGCCUGAAGUAUGGAUUCCUCCCCAGGAUGAGCUGAUGAUGAUCCAACAAUGUAAUGCUGUGGAUCUGACUUUAAAUGCCUUUGGUGCCCACCCCAGUCUCAUGGUGUCUAGUGAUGGCAAACACUUGUCAUUGCGCAAUGGUCGUUUUGUUUUAUCCUCUUUUUUUGGUGCAAGAAUAGAACAUCUGCCCAUUGCUUAUUCAACAAACUUUUUUUCCUCUGGUAGAUUUUAUUAUGAAGUUCAAGUCAAUAGGAGCCAAAACUUUUUCUUGGGAGUGGCUAAAGAGUCAAUGAAAGUAAACCCUCCUUUUAUUCCAUCCCCUGAGGAUGGAGUCUGGAUUUUCCGUCACACAUUUGGCAGAUAUCACACUAAUGGAAGACAUCCAGACCUAAUUUUAAGACAGGCACCCAAUGUGAUUGGUGUGUUUGUCGAUUAUGAGAAAGGGGAGGUCUCCUUCUACGAUGUAGAGGGCAGGUAUGUGAUGUUCUCUUUCAGAGAAUGCUACUUUGCUGAGAGGGCUUCAUUCUUCACAGCUCUCCUUUACUCCAUGACUGGAAUGUCAGAGAUUACCAGACCAAAACUCUACCCCAUUUUUGGAGUUUUUGAUGAUGGUUCAGAUCCCAGCCUCACAAUCACUCCUGUAAACUUCACGGUGGAGGAUGCCAGUUUUGUCGAGGGAAAUUGAUGUGCAUCGUAAGCAUGAAUGAUGACAUCAAUAGUUUAUAUGUUUUUGUAGGAGAUUGCUUUAGCUAGUUUAUAGCUAACAGAAGUAGAACAAGGGAUUUUGUAAAUCAUUAGAUGGUCAUGUCAGGCCAAGGAAAGGGCUUUGUAUGGUAUAUUCAAGGUGCAAUGUCUCUGUUCAAACAGUAGGUGGCUCUGUUGUGCUAUUUGGUAAAACAUAUUUUCUUAAGAAAUUUAAGUAAAAACAAAAGAAAAAAAAGAAA